UUGGUCACCACAUGUUUCACAUGUGCUCUUUUCGAACUAAGUAAUAAAGGAAAAUGAAGCGCCAGUACAUAGAUAUGAAGAAUGGAUCAAUUCGAGAUCCAAGAUUUAGGAAUAAUAACAACGAGAAACUUAGAAAGAAUUUGAGCUUGAUUGACAUUGAAGAGUUCGACGGGAAUUUCCCAGAGUUUACGAGGCCCAAGAACGUUGGUUCGUUUUCAUUAGAUAUCCACAGAAAUUAUGUCAAUGAUUACUCAGAACUUAGGUAUCUAUCGAUGCCCCCAGAAGCUUCAACAUCUGGGAGCUGCAAGGUCAAUUUUGAUUUGAAAAGAGGAGUAUCAAGAGUCGUUGAAAAAGAUGAAGAGUCCAUCAGACAGAAGAUGUUGGAUGAUCUGCUGAGAUGGAUCCUCCAGGAGCGAAAGGCAGAGCACAAGAAUAUCAUUGAUCAUCAACAUCCUCUCAGACCUUUGCUGGUUGAGUUUGUCUGUUAUCGUGGACUACUCACUCUCCUGAUUGCAACCCCAUAUGAAUGCCAGGAGAAUUGGACUAUACUUGCUACCCGAUUUCAAAACUCCAUCUAUUUAUGGCAACUUAAGGAGAGUAAAAAGCAAAAUGGUUCAAUUGCCGUGCAGAAAGAAAAGUCCAUCUGGGGAUUCAAGUUUGAGCAAUAUCUCUGUGCAAGUUCUCCAAACGGAAAUCCGAAUCCUAACGAGCAGGUCAAUACCAAUGCCGAAUUUUGCUGCGUUCUCAAAACGAGAAUCGGUGGCCUCCCUCUUCUUUAUGGAGCGGAAGUUGAUGCCGUCACAAAAGAAAGCCAACCACCUUUCCUUGAUCUCCAGAACUUUGUUGAACUCAAGACCAAUAAACACAUUGGAAAUGAAAUGCAACAGGCUGCUUUCAAUCGGUUCAAAUCAAUGAAAUGGUGGGCUCAAUCCUUUAUUGUCGGCAUCCCUAAAAUAGUCGUCGGCUACCGAGAUGAUGAUGGGGUAGUUUCACGCCUAGAGACCAUGGAUGUGAAUCAGCUGCGAAAACAAUCCACCGACUGCUGGAAAUCAAACAUCUGUAUGAACUUUUGCUUAAAGUUUUUGAAAUUUGUUAAGGAGUGCAUACCAAAGGAUUCGACUUCCAACGAUCACUUUCUAUUCGAAUUUGAUGCGAUGUCGCGAGUCAUCUCUUUCCGCAACGAACUGGGUGAAACCAGAAGUCGCAAUUUGCUCCCUUCUUGGUAUGUGGAAUCCAUGCAGAAAUCUGCAUAGAUUCAUCACUUUUACGUCAUUUAAGAAAGAUUAAUUUCCCUUUUUGUAUUAUGGAACGUUAACCGUGUGUUGGAAGACGUAAUAUUUUAAAAGUUAAAACAGAAUUUAAACCCAGAAAUUCCGUCAAUUCUCACCAAGAAAAAGUUGAACCGUAUAAAUAAAGUGUCAUUUUGUUUUUAAAA